AUGACAACGCCAUCUGUUGCAGCACGAACGAACAGCACCUCAAGUACGGUGAUAAGCAGUUCUACAGUAGGGGCUACCACCAAUUUUGAAGACGUAUCUACCGCAAGCGAACGUACUUCUACGAACGGAGUAGACAAAGCAAAUAGUUUGGAGAGUAGUAAUGAGACAACAGGCGGUUCUAUCACUCCGUCUUUAACAACCGAAGCAGGAGAAAGUACAAGUGUUUCGUCUAAGGAUUCACACGGAACCGAGAGCUCCACUCAAGCAAUCACCAGUGAAACCGUUAAACCCACAACCGCCACAACCAAUUAUACCACAAGCCGGCAAACGAUCACAACGACUACAACAACUACUACAGGCAUGUCUACAGAAUCUGGUACAACGCAAAAGAUUAACAAUUCAAGUGUAGUACGCAGCAGUUCUACAGGAGGAACAUCGUCUGAUCGGGACAGCCUCACUACGAGGAACGAACGCACUUCUACGACAGCCACUGCAAAAACAGAUGCUCCACAAAGUACUAAUGGGAGUGUAGACGGUUCCUUCACCCGGAAUAGUGCUCCCGAAAGAGAAGGCCAACCUAGUUUACCACCUAGCGGAUCUCACAGAGCCGAUAACUUCAGCAAUGUGACCGAGUCAACGUCCCUUCAACCCAACAAUACAGAAACAACAACCAAAAUCACUACCACCACAACAACAUCUCGCGCAAGCAUGACAACGCCAUCUGUUGCAGCACGAACGAACAGCACCUCAAGUACUGUGAUAAGCAGUUCUACAAUAGGGGCUUCCACUCAUUUUGAAGACGCAUCUACUGCAAGCGAACGUACUUCUACGAACGCAGUAGACAAAGCAAAUAGUUUGGAGAGCAGUAAUGAGACAACCGGCGGUUCUAUCACUCCAUCUUUUACAACCGAAGCAGGAGAAAGUACAAGUGUUUCGUCUAAGGAUUCACAUGGAACCGAGAGCUCCACUCAAGCAAUCACCAGUGAAACCGUUAAACCCACAACCGCCAAAACAACCAAUCAUACCACAAGCCGGCAAACGAUCACAACGACUACAACAACUACUACAGGCAUGUCUACAGAAUCUGGUACAACGCAAAAGAUUAACAAUUCAAGUGUAGUGAGCAGCAGUUCUACUGGAGGAACAUCGUCUGAUCGGGACAGCCUCACUACGAGGAACGAACGCACUUCUACGACAGCCACUGCAAAAACAGAUGCUCCACAAAGUACUAAUGGGAGUGUCGACGGUUCCUUCACCCGGAAUAGUGCUCCCGAAAGAGAAGGCCAACCUAGUUUACCACCUAGCGGAUCUCACAGAGCCGAUAACUUCAGCAAUGUGACCGAGUCAACGUCACUUCAACCCAACAAUACAGAAACAACAACCAAAAUCACUACCACCACAACAACAUCUCGCGCAAGCAUGACAACGCCAUCUGUUGCAGCACGAACGAACAGCACCUCAAGAGAAAUGCCUUCGGGCACACUCUGCGCACUGCCCCACAGAAAGGAGGAGACGCUCGUAGACAGGGGGCCUCGCGCCAAACAUGACGCGUUGGUUGUUCCCGGAAUGGGCCAGCCAUCGAACGGGUUUGGAGAACUGCCUUGGCGGCCAGCUGGUCUGUCAAGCGGCCGUGAGAAAGCGUCGUAG